GGUUUGCCAACCGCCAAACAAACGCCAUACAAAGAAAGAAGAUUUUCAGCUAGCUGUACGGGUUGUAGUUAUCACAUUCACAGUGAAUUCUUCCUAUUAUAAGCAGUAAUAAUGUCUGAGGACAGAGCUGAACGAUCAGAUGGACGGAUAGUGAAGAUGGAGGUUGACUACAGUGCUACUGUAGAUCAGCGUCUGCCUGAGUGUGAGAAAAUGGCCAGAGAUGGCAGACUACAGGAGGCCAUCGAGAGUCUACUGUCACUAGAGAAGCAAACAAGAACUGUUUCAGACAUGGUGUCCACCUCCAGGAUCUUGGUGGCUAUAGUUCAGUUAUGCUAUGAAGCUAAAGACUGGGAUGCCUUGAAUGAAAACAUCAUGCUACUGUCUAAGAGAAGAAGCCAGUUGAAGCAGGCUGUUACAAAGAUGGUACAGGAAUGUUAUACAUAUGUUGAUGCUAUGAGUGACCUGUCAAUCAAACUCCGACUCAUUGACACGCUACGCACCGUCACUGCUGGAAAGAUAUAUGUGGAGAUUGAGCGUGCUAGGCUGACUAAAACAUUGGCCCAAAUCAAAGAGCAAAAUGGAGAUGUGAAAGAGGCUGCAUCCAUUCUGCAGGAACUGCAGGUGGAGACAUAUGGAUCAAUGGAGAAGAAGGAGAAGGCGGAGUUCAUUCUGGAGCAGAUGAGGCUGUGCAUUGCUGUCAAGGACUACAUUCGAACACAGAUCAUUAGCAAAAAGAUCAACACUAAAUUCUUCCAGGAGGAGGGCUCUGAGGAUUUGAAACUGAAAUAUUAUAAUCUGAUGAUUCAAGUUGAUCAGCACGAGGGCUCCUACCUGUCCAUAUGUAAACAUUACAGAGCCAUAUAUGACACUCCCUGUAUCCUGGAAGAUGCCUCCAAAUGGCAGCAGGCUCUGAAGAGUGUGGUGCUCUAUGUGAUUUUGGCACCCUAUGACAAUGAACAGUCUGAUUUAGUUCAUAGAAUCAGCAUUGACAAGAAACUGGAGGAAAUACCCAAAUACAGGGAUCUCCUGAAACAAUUCACAACCAUGGAGCUGAUGCGCUGGUCAUCUGUGGUGGAGGAUUAUGGAAAGGAACUGAGGGAGGGUUCCAUGGAAACUCCGGACACUGAUGUCUUCACCUACUCAGAAGAAGGAGAAAAGAGAUGGAAAGAUCUGAAAAACAGAGUGGUAGAACAUACUGAGAACAAUGUUAGUCUGUGGUUUCCAUGA